AUGUCGGAGCCUAUUAUCCGUGAGCCCGGACUUUCAACGAUCCACCCCGAAUGGGAAGCAUUCGAGAAACAGUUUCCUAUUCCUCCCCUACUCGGAUCCCCCCAGCAACUUCGCGAAUUGAAAUUCCCCAAAUCCAAUAGCCCUCCUAUCGGUUUCUCUAUCAGAGAUGUUCAAAUCCCAGGCUAUCAGGGUGCUACCAACCAGCUGCGCCUUUAUACCCCGGAUAAUAGCUCCGAGCCUCUUUCAAUAGUCAUAUACGUCCAUGGCGGAGGGUGGACAAUGGGAAACUUGGAUUCAGAGGAUAAGGUAUGCCGAACGAUGUGUAAGUCUGCAGGCGUGAUUGUCAUCAGCGUGGACUACCGCAAAGCACCGGAAAACACUUUUCCCGUUGGCCUAGAAGAUGUUUGGCAAGGAGUGCUUUGGGUUUUUGAGAAUAUCGACUCUUUGGGAGGUGCCAGUGAUAAGAUCAUCAUAGGCGGCCUCAGUGCCGGUGGAAACAUUGCAGCCGUUCUCGCACAGAGAGCCUCAAGUGCCGCAAACAUUACAUUUCGCGGACAGAUACUGCGAGUUCCUCUCGCGGUACAUCAUGAUGCCCUACCCCGUGAAUUCGACUUUUCUAGCUACACCGAGAACGCCACGGCACCUAUUCUACCGGCUGCGGCGGUCACCCAGUGUCUCGGCUACUACGGGGCUCCUCCAGAGGACAUACGCGUGUCUCCACUUCUGGCAAAGGACUUUUCGGGUCUGCCGCCUGCUUAUAGACCCCCUUCGAGACGACGGAUUCGCAUAUGCUGA